AUGAAUUUCUCAUGGAAACCUAAAGUAAAAGUUGAAGAUCGCAUUGAGCAGCUGAAUUUUCAUAAUAAUAUCCAGUUGCAGUUCAAGCCAGCGACAUCACCAACUAUUGAAUUGUUGAAAAAAAAUGAAAAGGUUAAGAAGACAAAAGAAAUCUACGAAAAUGGACUGCAUGUAAAAGGAUUAAAUGCUUAUGCUGAUCACUGGAUGGUGAAUAGCAAAAAGCAAUCAAAAACUACUGAACCGACGAAGAAACAUGAUCAUAUUAAGGAACAAAUGUUUUUGAAUGAUUUAAUUGCAUGUGAGAUACAGUACUUAGAGAAACUUCAGAAAACAUCCAGCAUAUUUACAAUGAUUAUUCAACAAACGUCUGGAUAUAUAUCAAAAAUGGUUAGAGAUCAUCAUAUAGGCUUGUCAGGAUUCUUAGAAGACAUAAUUGAUUUACAUAAAUUAAAAAUUUUGCCAAAAUUUAAAGCGAACAAGUCAUUUUCGGGUGUUUUGCGUUACAUGCUGCAAUUGAUUGAGAAUAAUGAGCUGUAUUUGUAUGUGUCACACUCAAUUUUGUACAAUUCAACACUUCAAUGGCUGGACAAUUACAAAAUAGUUUUAGAUUCCUUGUACAGCAAUAACGGAACAUACUAUAACAAACUAGAAAUUCAUGACAUUAUUGGACUAUAUAAAGACUGGAUAGAUGAUGUUUGUGAUGAAUUGUCAAAAGAUCCAUUAAGAAAUGCCGAUGAUAUGGCUUUGUGUAUGGAUAUUGAGACUAAAUUAGACCAAUUAAUGGAUGCGAUUGAUGAUGGCAAGAAGGUUGCAUGCAUAAAAGAAAUUUCAAAGAACAAUAUUGAAGCUAUUGACAAAUUGUAUCGAAUAUUAACAAGAAAAAAGAUCAUUUGCCAUCCAAUGCUCAUUUUAGUUCCACGACAUGACUGUAAUUAUGGAUAUAGAAAUCCUAUUGAUGUUCUCAAAUUAGGAAAGUUUGUGCGUGUUUGGAGUGAAAUGUUGUAUUCAGAAUCAUCCAAAUGCCAUUACUGUACAAAUCUCUUCAUAUUUGAGCUAUGCAUAAUUUACACAAUUGUUGUCAACGAUAAAACCUUCAUUUAUAAUGGACAUUUCUGGAUUAAGGAUUGUGAAUUUCAGACGGUAAUGAAAAAUGAUAAACCAGUCAUUCUAGCAGUUCUUUGUUGUGGAGAUCGUCAUUUAAUCUUGGAUAAUCAGCCGUUUGUAAGCGCUGUGAUGAGAUUACAUGCUUUGCAUAAGUACGAUGAGAUUGAUGGAGACAUAGAACUGCCAGUUGAGAAGCAUUUAAAGAUCCUCUCCAAAAUUGAGAUUAGGAGAAUGUCGUUGGCUUCAUCUGAAAAUUAA